AAAGUGGUGAGUAGUCCAACAGGGAGACAUGGUGAGUGAGGCAGAAAGUUGGAAAAAUUUUGUGGAAAUUUGUGCGUGAAAAAGGCUGCAAGAGCUAGUGGAAAAUGUUCAAGCGUGUGUAGAAGGAGGCACAGUAGUGAUUUUAUUGUUCGACAGUGUGACUUUCUGUGUGGAAAGUGGCGAAAAAUUGUUGCGAAAAUCCUUUUCAAAAUCGAUAACUUGCUUUUUGGAAAUUCUCUCUCACGCACACACACACUCCGCGGGUUGGCAGGAAUUGAGAGCGCACUGAGGGCGCUGCGAGACUGGGCGGAAAGAGUGAGAGGGCGACAAGAGACUUUGCAGUGUGGAGGACGGUGUUGAAUUGUCCAGUGAAGAAGAUGAUAGCAAAUUGACGGUCUUUGUGGCUUUUGACUUGAGAACAGCCUUCGAGAAAAGGAACACCAAGAGCGCGCGCGCCCUCCACAGAGAGGGAGACGAGAGCCCGACUGUAGGCCGGGCACUUUGACACAGAGGCACACACCGCACACGCAGCAGCGAAGCGCCCCAGGGACGCACGCACGCGAGGCUCCGAGGGCGAGGACAGACUUUUCAGCGAGACACCAACCAUGAGCGGACGACCACGGACAACUUCCUUCGCCGAGGGAAAGCAGCCGCCGGCGAAUCUGGUGCUGGGCGGCGUCAAGAUCAGCAGCAAGGAUGGCUCGAAGGUGACGACGGUGGUGGCGACGCCGGGCCAGGGGCCGGACAGGCCACAGGAGGUCUCCUACACGGACACGAAGGUGAUCGGCAACGGUAGCUUCGGCGUGGUGUUCCAGGCCAAGCUCUGCGACACGGGCGAAUUGGUGGCCAUCAAGAAGGUGCUCCAGGACAAGAGAUUCAAGAACCGCGAAUUGCAAAUUAUGCGACGAUUGGAGCACUGCAACAUCGUCAAACUCAAAUACUUUUUCUACUCGAGUGGCGAAAAGAAGGAUGAAGUCUAUUUAAAUUUAGUAUUGGAGUACAUCCCCGAGACAGUCUACAAAGUGGCCCGUCAAUAUGCCAGAAAUAAGCAGACCAUACCAAUCAACUUCAUAAGGCUCUAUAUGUAUCAAUUAUUUAGGAGUCUUGCAUACAUACACUCGUUAGGUAUUUGUCAUCGUGAUAUUAAGCCACAAAAUCUGUUGCUGGACCCUGAAACGGCUGUGUUGAAAUUGUGCGACUUUGGGAGUGCUAAGCAGUUAAUUCAAGGAGAGCCAAAUGUCUCAUACAUUUGCUCACGCUACUAUCGUGCUCCAGAACUUAUUUUUGGCGCCAUCAAUUACACUUCGAAAAUCGAUGUGUGGAGUGCUGGAUGCGUGCUGGCGGAGCUGCUUCUGGGCCAACCGAUAUUCCCUGGCGAUUCGGGCGUCGAUCAGUUGGUGGAGAUUAUCAAAGUACUGGGAACACCGACUCGAGAACAAAUUAGAGAAAUGAAUCCAAACUACACAGAAUUCAAGUUUCCUCAAAUCAAAAGCCAUCCAUGGCAGAAGGUUUUCCGUGCUCGCACACCUCCGGAGGCGAUUGGCUUGGUGUCGAGAUUACUGGAAUACACUCCGAGUGCUCGCAUUACGCCUCUGCAGGCCUGUGCGCAUCCGUUCUUCAACGAUCUAAGGGAGUGCAGCCAGCGACUCCCCAAUGGAAAUGAGCUGCCGCCUCUGUUCAAUUUCACAGAACACGAGCUCUCGAUUCAGCCGAGUUUAAAUGCCCAACUGCAGAACGCUCAGCCGCAGCAGCAGGCUAUUGUGAAUGACCACGGGGCCGUGGCGACGGGAUCGAGUCAAGUGGCCGGCGGCUCGGCGCUGCCGCAGGGUGAGAGCCAAUCGAUAGCGCAGCACGUGACGGCGUCGAGUGGCGGCGACAUCUCCGCCGCGGUGGCCAGCGACGGCGCAGCGUCCAGUCAAAUGGGCAUGGCCAACAUCCAGUCGACGACACUGGGUUAAUGCGGCGCUCUGGAGGAUGUCACGUUCGCGCGGCGAUUUCUGUAUGCGUUUCUCUUUUUGUGUUUGAAACUUUUAAACACCGUGUCCACGAUGGAAUGCUGUGGGGCGCUUUUAACUGAUAGAGAGGGUGAGAGAGAGAGAGAAAGUGAGGGAUGAAAGAGGGGAGAAAUUGAGAUUCGUGUUUAUGGCAGAAGAGGAAACACUGUGUAGACAAUGUGUGGAGAAUUCUCCUCUCACAGCACUUUUAAAUGAGAAUUCUUCCCGGGCGCGCGUCCUGUGGGCUGAGAAGGAAGAGGAUGAGAAGGAGGGGAAAGGAGGUGAGGGAGUUUUGAGAAUUUAAUGAUUUAGAGAAAAAGAAACAUUAGGGUGUAAAAUGCAAAUUGUAGACGAAGUGUGUGUGCGCGUGAAUGAGAGCGAAAGGUGAACACAAGAAUAUGUAGAUUGAUUAAUCAGUGGUAGAUGAAGAAAAAGUAUGUUAUAUUCAAAAUUAUUUUUCAUAUAAAACCAAGACAUUGAAGGGGGCACGCAAAGAAAGGACCCGCAAAAUAUUCAUAGCAGCUUCAAGUGGUGAAAUCUUAAUGAUUUUUUUGAUUGCGAAUGGGAGAAGUGUGAAAAUGGAUAUUGCUGAGAGAAAGAGAGAGAGAGAGAGAGAGAGUAAAAGAUACAUAAUUACUAAAAUAGUAAUGAAUACAUAUUAUGGUAACGUAAAAUUGCGAUAAUGUGACAGAGAGAAAGAGAGAAGUAAUCAUGGAAUUAGCUCCAAAAGAUGAGAUAAAAACAAUGCGUGCUAAUAAACUGUAGUAAGUUUGUUGUUAUAAUUGUAACUAUUAUACUUAUUGAUCAGAUAUGAUAAAUGAGAGAAAGGUGGGAGAGGGAGAGAGAGAGAGAGAGGAACCUAUAUAAAUAUUAAACGGAAGGAGUAAAUCUAAAAUUAUAGUCGGUUUAUAAACGAGAAAAUGUGGACAAAAAUAGUACUUGAAGAGAGAGAGAAGGAGAGUUUAUUAGUUUGCUUCUUCCUAUACUUUUUCUUUUUAUUAUCCACCCAAUUAGACUUGAGCAGUCCUUGUAAGAUGAGAGGAUAAAAGAAACUAAUUUAGAGAACAAACCAUAACUUGUAUGUCGGCGUAAUUCCUAAAAAAAAGAAAAAGAAAACUCCCGUUUUACACAUAAAAAUUUAUAUAAAUAUUAAAGAAAAUGAAAAGCAUAUAAAUAUAUUAUGAAACAAACAUUAUUUGUAUAUUUGUUUAGUGAAAGAUAAAACAAUGGCAAAAUUAAUCUCUCAAGUAAAAUUAAUACACUUUUAGAGGAUAAUAAAAUCACCCAGAAAAAAAGUCUCCCUUUUAAUAUCACGGACAGCAAAGUAGAAAAGAUAUUAAAGAAGGAAAGAAUGUGAGAUGGAAAAAAAAAUAUAUUUAACUUGAACAAUAUUUUUCAAGGUUUCUUUAUAUCCAUUUUAAGGGUUUAUAUUCUAAUUGUUGUGUAAAUUAUUCAGUGGAGAAAGAAAAAGAGGAUAAGAAAUUAUCUUGAGAGAAGUAUAAUUGAUUAUAUUAUGGAGUUUUGUCUCUUAAAUUGUAAAUAGAGUUCUUUUCUUCAAUUGCAGAAGGAGUAUAAAUCGUAAUUAUUUGUAUACAUUAAAAUAUAUUUUAUUUUAGAAGUAUAAAAAAAGUGGGAAGAAAACACAGAAAACCAGAAUGGGAAAAAUAGUGAAUGUCAGACUAAGAGAAAAAAUAAAAACAAGAUGUUGUAUUAAUCAUUUUAGACAAGAAGUGCGUGGCUGCGGAGAAGAAAAGAAAUAGAUUAUAAAUGUGUUAGAUAAAAAGAAAGUAUAUUAAUGGGGAGAAAAAUUUAUCAAUAUAUUCAAAUGAACAAAUUAUCAAAAUGGAAUGUCCGUGCUUUUUCUCAAUAUCUUUUACUAUAUAUUUUUUUUAAAGACACUUAUAUUUUGUGAACGGAAAAACGGUCAAAACCAUGGGAAACAUUUCGAUUUCUUUAAUACUUUUUUUUUAAAUAGUGAAUAAAAAGAAUAUCCAUUAAAAGAUAGGAUAAAAAUAGAGAUGAUGAGAAAAAAGAUGUGACAGAAAUGAUUGAAUCGGUUUAAUAAUAACCCUUUUAAGUAAAUUUUAGAGAGGGAGAGAGAGAGAGAAAAAAGAGAAACAAAUUAGGUGACCAAACACGUAAAUUAAGUUGUAAAUUUUAAAGUCAUUGAAUCAUUGUCUCUUUAACAACACAAGAUUAACUAUGCGUGUAUGAAAAACAUGGGGGAAAAACUUAUUAACAA